AUUUUAGACUUCAAACCACACACUGUACAGUAUUAAAUCUCACACACUUUAAAAUCUCAACACCUGAGAAGAGAAGUAAUAAAAGGUAAAUAAUACGGGCUAUUGCGAUAUUGUUUCUAAAGAGUGAAGGACAGGUUUGAUCACAAGGUGUCCUCGAUCCACCACAAAUAAAUAUUCACAGGCCCAAACAACUAAACUUACAACUAAUCCUUUAUUCAUGUGAGCAAACGGAUUGCUGUCGACAGGGCAGGACUCUGAAGGCCAAAACGAGCUGUGAGGGUAUUGGUUUCAGAAGUAAAGCAUUCAGUGAACAAAUCGCACAAUAAUUAAAGUACAGUAUCACAAAACCAGCUGUUUUAGUGAUUUGUGCAUGCAAAUGGGAUUUUAACAGAUUGAAUGUCUGUUAGCAGGAUAGAUCAUUAACAUGCUAAAAUAUAUAUUUUUUUUUAAAUGACUACAAUAUUUAACAUGUACAGUAGAUAUCAAAUCUUACCUUUGAAUCCAUGUCUUCGUUCUCUGUGCAAAUCAGAAAAGCUCUGCUGAGGUUCUGUGUUGUUCUGUGUGUGUGUGGCCCAGCAGCUGAUGUGAUCAGAGGAUGUGGGGACAGAGGGAUGUAUUGUAUAUUCUACCUGUAUUUAUGAUCGUCCCAUAAUGCAGCAGACUCAGCAUGUCCUCACAAUGUUUUACUUUUCUACAGCGUUUAUCUUCAGGUUGGCCUUAUUCACUUGCAGGGCUGCAGAGGACUGAAAGCGUCAGACAGUCACAGACGAGAUGUCCUCCUGCGGUGGUGUCAGACUGCACCAGCAGGUUCGACCAAAACACCAGUGUGUUGUUUGGUGACAGUCACAGCUCUCUCACACUUCACACUGAAAUGGACAACUGGAGCAGAGAAGCUAAGGUUGUUUACAAGCGGUGGAGAAAUCCUGAAGACAGUGUUGAGGAAAAUGCAGCGGGUCACAGCGAUGAGGACGACACAGAAAAUGAGAUCUACACUGUAGCCUCAGCAGGAGACAACUCGGAGGGAAUAAAGUCUGCAUUCAGAUCUGGAUUUGAUCAAACUGAGGAAACCUUUACAAUAGACGAUGCACUUGAUGCCAUCGGCUUUGGAAAGUUCCAAUGGAAAAUGUCUGUCCUCACCGGACUGUCAUGGAUAGGAGACGCCAUGGAGAUGAUGAUCCUUAGUAUCUUGGGCCCUCAGCUGCACUGUGAGUGGAGGCUGCCCAGCUACCAGGUGGCUCUCAUGACAUCGGUGGUGUUUGUCGGAAUGGGGAUCGGUUCACCUAUAAUAGGGAACGUGUCUGACCAGUACGGCAGAAAAGUAGGUCUGACGAUUUGUAUGUGCUGGACUCUGUUCUACGGCCUGUUGAGUGCCUUCGCUCCAGUGUACGGCUGGCUCUUGGUCCUGAGGGGCCUCGUAGGCUUUGGCAUCGGAGGAACUCCUCAGUCGGUUACACUGUACUCAGAAUUCCUCCCAGUGAAGUCAAGAGGCAUCUCCAUUAUGCUGAUUGCGGCAUUCUGGGCUCUUGGUUCUGUGUUUGAGGUCCUCUUGGCGUUGUUUGUAAUGCCCACGCUCGGCUGGAGGUGGCUGCUCGGCUUCUCCGCUAUACCAAUGGCAAUCUUUAUUUGCUUCACCUUCUGGCUGCCUGAAAGCGCUCGUUUUAAUGUGCUGACGGGGAAACCAGAGAAGGCUAUGGCAACUUUAAGACGCAUCGCCAAAGAGAAUGGCAAGGAAAUGCCUCGAGGGAAGCUUACCGCCUAUAAACAGAAUGACCGUGGACGGAUCCAAGAUCUCUUCAGUCCUCAGUACCGGAGGACUACUCUUCUUCUGUGGUUUAUAUGGUUUGCAUAUACCUUCACCUAUUACGGGAUAGUCCUGUUGACAACUGAGCUGUUCCAAGCUGGACAUUCAUGUGCGACGAUACAAGGGGCCAAGAUUGAACCAAGCUGUAGUCUGCAAUGCAAAUAUUUGACAUCAGUUGACUACAAAGACCUUUUAUGGACGACCUUGGCUGAAUUCCCAGGUAUUUUACUUGUCCUUGUGGCAAUUGACCGUAUUGGCAGGAAGAAGUGCCUGGCUCUGUGUUUCUUCAUGUUUUUUUUGUUACUUCUGCCCGUAUAUGGUUGUAUUGGGAGGAUAGCUAUUACAAUCUGCAUCUUUGUUGCCAGAGCCUUCAUCGCUGGAGGAUUCCAAGUUGCCUAUGUUUACACACCAGAGGUUUUCCCUACAGAAAACAGAGCCUUAGCAAUGGGGACUGCAAGUGCGAUAAGCAGGGUGGGUGCCCUGUUGACCUCCUUUGUGGCGCAGGUGUUAAUCAGGACAUCAGUGUACGGGACCCUGUCGUUGUACUGUGUCAUAAGUCUGCUGGGUGGCGUUGCAUCCUUGAUGCUGCCCUUUGAGACGUUGGGCAGGGGUCUGCAGGAGUCCAGUCUUGAUCAGGAGGCCAGUCUUGAUCAGGAGGCCGGAGGGCAGACGACCACCACAACCAGCCAGUCAAAUGGCAAACAGGAAUGUGAACCAGAGGGAGAUGCCACAGUAGCCGGUUUAACUGUGGAUUGAAUCCUGUGAGCGACCAUGGGUGAAGACCAACGGGACAAUCUCAUUACAGGCAGGGAGUGAUAAUUGAGGGUAGGCCUACUUCCCAUGUCUAAUGAGAGCGGGAGCACACUUGUGCUUGGACUGGUUUGUUUACUUUCUCUCUUCCAUCUAGGCCACGAGAAGCAACAGAGGGACAUUUAUGGACAAUGCUGAUUCAUUGUAGGGGCUCUGCUUAGAGCUACACAUUUCAAGCCUUCCCCUCACAUUUUGGAUAAAAAUGACUUAUUGUAUUUAUUUUAGGGGCUCAACCAGAGGGUGAAAAGAGGUGCUGCGACAAAGCCGGUAUUAGAAAAAUAAAGUUGUUGUUUUUUUACAUUAAAGCAUGUACCCUUACCAAAAAGAAGUUUAUUCAAGUGUGCUAUUAG